CAAAGCCUGGGGAUCCCCGGAGCCAGCGGCCCCGCGCUUGGCCCGCCCGACGAGGUCGACAAGUUCAAGGCCCGGCUCCUAACCGCCUGGAACAACGUCAAGUACGGGUGGAUGGUUAAAAGCCGUACCAGCUUUAGCAAGAUCUCCAGCAUCUACCUCUGUGGGCGCCGCUACCGCUUUGAGGGUGAAGGCGACGUCCAGCGUUUCCAGUGGGACUUCGUGUCCCGCCUGUGGCUGACCUACCGCCGUGACUUCCCACCCCUGGCUGGGGGCUCCCUGACCUCAGACUGUGGCUGGGGAUGCAUGUUACGCAGCGGUCAGAUGAUGCUGGCCCAGGGCUUGCUGCUGCACUUCCUGUCCCGAGACUGGGUGUGGGCCGAGGGUCCAGGCCUGGCCUCCCCUGAGCUGCCUGGCCCGGCCUCCCCCAGUCAGGGCGGAGGGUCUGCCCACUGGACGCCUCUGCGCUGGCCCCGAGGGGAGCCGUCGGGCGCCCCUGGGAGCUCAGCCCGCCCGCCCCGCCCUUGUGUCCCCAGGAAGGCAGUGGAGAGCAGCUCUGAGCUCACCCACCUGGCCGUGUAUGUUUCUCAGGACUGCACAGUGUACAAGGCGGACGUGGCGCGCCUGUUGGCUAGCCCGGACCCCGAGGCUGAGUGGAAGUCUGUGGUCAUCCUGGUGCCUGUGCGCCUGGGCGGGGAGACCCUGAACCCCGUGUACGUGCCUGGCGUGAAGGAGCUCCUGAGGUCAGAACUGUGCCUGGGCAUCAUGGGGGGCAAACCGAGGCACUCACUCUACUUCAUUGGCUACCAGGAUGACUUCCUGCUCUACCUGGACCCGCACUACUGCCAGCCCACCGUGGACGUCGGCCAGGCUGACUUCCCCCUGGAGUCUUUCCACUGUACCUCACCCCGCAAGAUGGCCUUCACCAAGAUGGACCCGAGCUGCACUGUGGGCUUCUACGCAGGAAACAGGAAGGAGUUUGAGACGCUCUGCUCUGAGCUGACCAGGAUCCUCAGCUCCUCCUCAGCCACAGAGCGCUACCCCAUGUUCACCCUGGCGGAGGGCCACGCUCAGGACCACAGCCUGGAUGACCUGUGCUCCCAGCUCUCCCAGGCAACCACACUGCGGCUUCCUCGCACCGGGCACCUCCUCAAGGCCAAAUGGCCGAGCUCCGAGGACUUUGUGUUUUUAUAAUGGAGGGGAUGGGGAAGAUGCGAGACUAUUUAUUUUUUUAUUUAUGCCAUGGGGGGGGGCUAGAACUCAGGAGAUGACAGGAGGGCAGGGUCUCUCUUCCUUGGCCUCUCCCCUGCCCUGCUGAGACCAGUCUAGGAAUCCCACCACUUGCUAUUGGCCAGCUGUGCCCUCUGGGUCCCCUCAAAGGGCAGGGGGCAGGGAAGAUACCCGGGCACCCACUCAGGGCCUGACUCAGUACUGUAGUUUGCACCGGACCUGCCGUGCCCUGCCGUCCCUGGGGGGACGUGGCUGCUGGGGUAAUAAAGCUGUUGGACUCCA